CCCCACCAUCCUGGUCUCCAGCAGGAGUGCGUCUGCUGAGGUGCGCACUCAGCGCGCUGCUCGGCCCGCCCGGACACUGCAGUGUAGGUUACCGUGCCAUCGCUGCGGCUGCUCGCUCCCGACAACACGUCCCGCUGCAGACUUCCCGGGCUCGGGGAGAACAGGGGAGAGCAGGGAAGCGCCGAAAGCCAUGGCCGAGUCCAACCCGCUGCGGGGGUUCCCCCGUCUGCGCCGGGCCGCGACCUCAUUUCCAGGAAAUCUACAUUUGGUCUUGGUGCUCCGCCCCUCUGGCUUGUUAAGCUCUGCCCCGAGUCCGUCUUCAAGCACUGACCUGGGCUUCCGCUUCAGCCAGGAUGACUUCCUGUUAAAGAUGCCGGUGGUGAUGCUGCGUUCAGUUGGUGACCUGCUGCGCUACAUCGAUGAAAACCACCUGACAUCAGACUUCACUGCGAAAGUGGAGUACUGCCAAAGUGACUGGAUCGUCCUCCGCACGGCCAUUGAGACCUUUGCGGUGACAGUGAAGGAGAUCGCCCAGCUGCUGCAGGGCUUCGGAUCAGAGCUAUCUGAAACUGAGCUUCCAGACGAAGCUAAUGCCAUCGAGUUCCUGCUGCACUCACACACACACCGAUACCGACAGAUGAAGGAUGAUAUACGGGGCGUCCUGAAAGAAGGACGGCUGCUGCUGUCCAACCUGGAGACUGUUAAGGCCUCUAAGAGAGACGCAGAGGAGGAGAGGGACCUAAAAUCAGACAUGGACACUGUUCAGAGGCUCCUGGCUCAGCUCAGAGACAUGGAGGAGGCGUUUGACGGCUUCUUUGAGAAACACCACCUGAAGCUGCAGCAGUACCACCAGCUGCUGCACUAUGAAAUGAGUUUCCAGCAGAUGGAGGAGGUGCUGAAGAGGAUCACUGAGCAGGAGAUGGUCAUUGCGCCUGUGGGGACCACAGUGGUUCAGACAGAACAGUUAUUGAAGGACCUGGAGAUAUUGGACGCACGCGCUCAGGAGGAGAUGGCUCGAGCCCAGGUGGUGAUCCUGCACGGCCACCAGUUGGCUGCCAACCACCAUUACGCCCUGGCGCUCAUCGUCCAACGCUGCAACGAGCUGCGACAUUACUGCGAUGUCAUCACCAAUGCCACACGCGCCAAGCGGGCCUCGCUUGCCCGAGCACGAGACCUACUGCUUCGCCUUGAAGACGCCCUAAGGUGGUGUGACGAGGGCGCCUAUCUCCUGGCGAGUCAAAUGGUGGACAAGUUCCAAACCAGAGAGGGAGCUCAGGAGGCGCUGCAGUACCUGAGCUGCCACCAGGAGAGGGCGCCGUCCGCACUAAAAAACUGCCAGGACAUUGUGAGCCUGGAGUUUGAAGCCAUACUCACCCCACAGCUGCAGUCCCAAAUAUCCAUGGUAACAGAGAAGUUGAACUCGGUGCAGUCUAUGAUCAAGAACAGAGAGCAGUGUCUGAGGAAGCUGGCCGAUGUACAGGUCAGACCGAUUCAGCUGGUGGCCCCCAGGCCUGAACCUGACCAGACCGCACAGCGCUGCAAGUCACCUCUCUUCUCUCCCAAACAUGGUGUAGACUUUAACGUUCUGAACUCCAAGUUCUCCUUCGACCUGCUUCCUGGCAAGAGAGCGGCGAAGAGGAACAACAGCCAGCGCAAGAUCGAGGUAAUGCAUGAUUUCCAGGGCAACCGUAGCUGUCUGUACGGCUCCACCACUGAAACAGACUCAGAGGCAGAAGACAAUCCAGAGCAGGUCACACGUCAUAUUAUGAAGGAACUCAUAGCUACAGAGAGGAUCUAUGUGGACGAGCUGCUCUCUGUCCUUCUGGGCUACAGGGCAGAAAUGGAGGACCCAUCCAUGUCUAAUCUUCUUCCCUCAGCUCUACGUAGCCAGAAGGACGUUCUGUUUGGCAACAUGCCAGAGAUUUACCAGUUUCACAGCAGGAUCUUUCUUCAGGAUCUGCAGGGUUGCCUGGAGACGCCAGAGCGGGUGGGGGCUUGUUUCCUGAAGCGGAAAGAGAAGUUCCAGGUGUACGAGCGUUACUGCCAAAACAAGCCUCGAUCUGAGUUGCUAUGGAGACAGUGCUCUGAUUCGCCCUUUUUUCAGGAGUGUCAGAAGAAGCUGGACCACAAGCUGGGUCUGGACUCUUACCUCCUGAAACCAGUCCAGCGCCUCACCAAGUACCAGCUGCUACUCAAGGAGCUACUGAAACACUGUACAGAGGAACAUUACCGCUGUGAACUCCAGGAGGCUCUGCACUCCAUGCUGGAGCUGCUUAAGUCUGUCAACGACUCCAUGCAUCAGAUAGCCAUCACUGGAUAUCAGGGCGACCUCAGCCAGCUGGGCCGAGUGGUGUUGCAGGGCAGCUUCAGCGUGUGGAUCAGCCAUAAGAGGGCAGCGGUGCGCAUGAAGGAGCUGGCCAGGUUCAAACCCAUGCAGAGACACCUCUUCCUCUAUGACCUCGCCCUGCUCUUCUGCAAGCGCAGGGAUGACGACGCUCACGACAGGACGCCCUUCUACAGCUUCAAAUCCUGCCUCAGAAUGAGUGCAGUGGGAAUCACAGAAAAUGUGAAAGGAGAUGUGAAGAAAUUUGAAAUCUGGUACAGUGGCAGAGAAGUGGUGUACAUAGUUCAGGCUCCCACUCUUGAGAUCAAAGUUGCCUGGCUGACAGAGCUUCGAAAAAUUCUCACCAACCAGCAGAAGAUGCGUCAAGAUGAGGCGCCUUAUCUUACACUUUCAGACAACCCCCUCUCUGACAGUGCAUCAGAGAUGUGUGUGUCGUGGGGCGGAGCAUCGGUGGGAGGCUGCUCAGCGUGUCUCCCUGUUCCUCACAGUUCCUCGGCAACAAGCCACUCCAACAGGUACCGGGGGGAGGAGUCCAUACACACCAGCCCCGCCCACUCAGAUCCCGUGGUUCACUCACCUCGACGCACUUGGCCUGUCCCUGCCCACUCAGUGGCAAUCUGUGAGGGCCUGGAGGACUGGGGUGCAGCUACAGACCUCUCCAACUUAUCCGACUCAGAUGAGGAGGAUCAGCCCGCCCCCCUGGUGGCGGGCAGGUACAGGGUCAUGGUAGAGAGCAGCAUGGCCAGCGCUGAUGACAUCAUCUUUAACUGUGGUGAUGUCAUCCAACUGCUGCAUGAGGAAGUGUCAGGAAUGUGGAUGGUGAGGAAUAUAAGCCGUGGGGAAGAAGGGCGUGUUCUACCUGAGGACCUGCACAGGAUUCUGGGAGAGACCUGCUAAGAGCCAACCAGAACAGAGGAUAGAGGACACAGAGGUAUUCCAUCAACUUCCUGACUGAAACGGGGAAUCUGACUCUGCCGAGAUGUUCAGCAGAUCAUCAGAUUGAAGCACAUCAACCGCGUAUUUUACUCUUCAAACUACUGUGACACUCUCACCUCAGAAGGCUGUAAACUACAGGAUGAACCUCAGAAGACUGUAACAAUGCAAAGCACAUAUGUGGAACCUCUUUUUUUCCCAGCAGUAACGCAGUUGAUUAUUUGGACUUUGAAACGUCAAACUUUUAUUCAUACGUACAGAAAGGACUUUUGUUGGACUUCAAGUUUUAUCAUUUCUAUUUUCUUAUGAAAUAUGACAGAAAUCAUGCAUAUGCCUACUAACAUAUCAUAACUGUUCAUGUGCCAAACAGCUCAGCUAAUUAUUGUGGCUUCUUUUUGUACAACAGUCAGUUCUGGAGUAUAGCUUUACCUUGGUGUCAUCGUUUUUAAGGAAUUUCAGCCCUCUCUUCUUUUCUACAGCAGCCAGCUACAUCACCAGAUGGUAUGCAUGUGAUGUUAUUGAAUGUCAAAAUGGCCAUGGUUACUCCACCUCUUAGUGGUAAAAGCAAAGUAUCUGCAGACACAUGACAGAAAAAAAGGCAAGAAAAGAAGUGUGGCGAUAUUCAGUCAAGGUCAUAACAGACACUGUGUUUUUUUUUUGAAAAUGUCAUUGCAUACCCUCUAUCGACAUUUAGAGUGUUUUCAUACUUGAUCCUUUUCAGCCCUCUAAGCAGACUCAGAGCUGUGACUCAGCAUUUUUUGGGCAUAUGUGAACACUCCAAGAGAACUCAGACCCCUCUGAAGAGAAUCAAAGUCAGACCACCUCGUGGGGUGGUGUAAAUUCGGUUCACUUCAAGUCUGCGGUGCGGUUCACUUAACCUGUGCCUUGUGAACACAAAGCGCUCCAGGUUCACUUUGCUCUUUCCCAUUGUAUUCAGCGCUCUAGAUCAUACGAAACCAUGUCGGCCUGUAAUGCUUGUAAGGAUGCAGGACAAGGAAUAGAUUGGUCCAGGGAAGAUACUGCACAUGUCCAGAUGUGGAAUGUAGAAUACAUCAAACAGCAACAGUCUACAGCAUAGAAACGCUAAGGGUUUCCUCCAAUAUUAAGUUAAUCUGAAAGUGAGGGGCUUCAUAAUCACACUGCAGUGCCACAUCAAAGUAAAAGCAAAACUAUGUCAAUAUAUAUAGGCUAUAGUGUGAACAGAAAGACGACUGAGACCCCAUCAGAGCUGAAGUUGACCAGAGAGAGAACUGAGUCCUCUUUCAAAUGAAUCCACAAUGUGAACACAAAAAGAACUGAGUCCCUUUUCUGUUGGUCCACUUUUUGGUGCACUUUAAGAGGACCGAGUUCGGUUUGUUUAAAAAGGAUUAUAUGCGAAAACACCCUUGUUGACAUGGCAGGAAAGGUGCAGGUGUAAUUAAUAACUUUAAGUCCUCAAGAUGAACCAUCUGGGUCUGUGGAAAAGUCCUGCAGUACUUAACGCAGUCUUAUCGUAGCUGGUUGUUGUAAUCCAAUGCUUGUUUGAUAUAUAAAUUGCACAUAUUUCAAAUGUUAGUAAUUUUUUGUAUUUAUUCUUUAUGUUUGCUGCUGUUGAUGGUGAUAAUGUGUUAUUAUUUUUUCCAAUAUUUUUCCUUUGGCAUCUGUUAAUUUUUAUUGGUGAUAAUUCUGCAACUCUUCCAUCAGAUCUAAUCUCAUCCUCUGCCACAGCUGUUAUUACCACUGACACGAGACAAACUUUAAGUCUGUUAGUUUGCUGCUCUGCAUGGACAGAUCACUGCACAUGCCUGCUGCUUUAUUUCUGCUUGUACUGCUAUUACACACCAACAGGGAACCGUGCUCAGUGUUAGCUAGUAACUGUAAAUACAGUAGUGUAGAACUUUAAUUGCCAGCUAAACUAUUACAGUUACAUUGUGGAUUACUACGUGAAUUAUAGAUUUUCAAUUUGGAGAGCUGAAUUAAUGAGGGAACAUUAUGGAAAAAAAACUGCCUGGUUUUAAAACUGCCCAGUCGGAUUUUCUUGACACUGUUAACAGUCGAGCAGCUUUCAAGCAAAGUGUGAAAAGUGGUUAUGAAAACACUGCCACUUUACCACCAUCAUGUGCUGAUGGUUUAUCUCUGAAGGGCAGAUACAGUAUGUGACAGAUUUGUAGUUAACUGUGAAUAUGUAAAAAUCAAAAAUUUAGAUAUGAAACACAAUGUUGGACAAUAGUCAUCUCAAUGGUGAAACUUUUUUUGGACAGUCAGACGUUGACACUCAGCUUUCAAGUGACAAAAGGUACAUCAGAUUCAUGCAGCUGCAUCUCUGGACUAUAUAGAUCAACACUAAACCUGAGAUUAACACUGAAAAAAGAUUCAUUUUCACAGUAUGUAACACCCACAGUGGGAACAUUGCAGUCACUUGACUGUGAGUGCCGGACUGUCUUAAUAAUGUGACCACUAAACUCAAUGUUUAAUUUAUUUUAAAUCCACCGACCACAGGCUCUACGGUAACAUCAGAUGUUGUUAAGACUGUAAUGUGUCUUUUCCACUGUACCUUAAACUGGUGUUUGCUGCUUUGCUUAUUUUGCACUUUUUUGAUAUUUUGAAUCAUUGUGAAAGCUUGUAUUAUAAUGCAUAAUGUAUAUGAUUAUUUUCCCAAAUAUA